GGCCGCCGGACCAUCGAGUGCGGCCUCCGGGGGAAAGAGAGGCCGCGCCUCGGGCCCCUCCCCGCGGCAGCUCUAUGGCUCCUCUUCCGGGUCGCGCGGCGGCGUCAUGGCGGCGCACCUGAAGAAGCGGGUGUAUGAGGAGUUCACCAAGGUGGUCCAGCAGCAUGAGGACCUGUCCACUAAGAAGCUGCGGCUGACCAAGCCCAGCAAGUCGGCAGCGCUUCACGUGGACCUGUGCAAAGCCACCUCGCCUGCUGAUGCCUUGCAGUACCUGCUCCAGUUUGCCAGGAAGCCCGUGGAAGCGGAGAGUGUGGAAGGGGUUGUCAGGAUCCUGCUGGAGCAUUAUUACAAGGAGAAUGAUGCUUCUGUAAGACUGAAGAUUGCAUCCUUGCUGGGGUUGUUGUCAAAGACUGCAGGGUUUUCCCCAGACUGCAUUAUGGAUGAUGCCAUCAACACCCUUCAGAAUGAGAAGUCUCACCAAGUCCUUGCUCAGCUGCUGGACACCCUGUUAGUGAUUGGCACAAAAUUCCCAGAGAAUCCCUCUGUCAGGAUGAGGCUGGUGGAGGUAGCCUGCAAGCAUCUGACAGAUUCCUCUCAUGGUGUAAGGAAUAAGUGUCUUCAGCUAAUUGGCUGUCUUGGCCCAGUGGAAAAAGGUGUUGCAAAAGAGGCUGAAAGCCAGGCAGCCAAAGAUGUCCAGAAGAUAAUAGGAGAUCAUUUUAAUGAUCAGGAUCCUCGAGUUAGGACUGCAGCUAUAAAAGCCAUGCUACAGCUUCAUGAAAGAGGACUAAAGUUACAGCAAGCUAUUUAUAGUCAGGCCUGCAAGCUGUUGGCAGAUGAUUACGAGCAAGUGCGCAGUGCUGCAGUUCAGCUGAUUUGGGUCCUCAGUCAGCUUUACCCUGAAAGCAUCGUCCCGAUUCCUUCUUCUAAUGAAGAAAUUCGCCUGGUUGAUGAUGCCUUUGGAAAAAUUUGCCAUAUGGUUAGUGAUGGUUCCUGGGUUGUAAGAGUACAAGCUGCAAAGUUAUUGGGUUCUAUGCAACAAGUUAGCUCCCAUUUCUUGGAGCAGACCCUUGACAAGAAGCUCAUGUCAGAUCUGAGGAGGAAGCGCACUGCACAUGAACGAGCCAAAGAGCUCUACAGCUCUGGGGAGUUUUCAAGUGGCAGAAAGUGGGGAGACGAUGCUCCCAAAGAGGAAAUUGAUACUGGUGCUGUGAACUUGAUUGAAUCAGGAGCUUGCGGAGCUUUUGUUCAUGGCCUGGAAGAUGAGAUGUAUGAGGUUCGAAUUGCUGCAGUUGAAGCCCUGUGUAUGUUGGCUCAGUCCUCGCCUUCUUUUGCGGAGAAAUGCCUGGAUUUUCUGGUUGACAUGUUUAAUGAUGAAAUUGAGGAGGUCAGAUUGCAGUCAAUACACACAAUGAGAAAAAUUUCCAACAACAUCACGCUGCGGGAAGACCAGCUGGAUACUGUGUUAGCUGUCUUGGAGGAUUCUUCAAGGGACAUUCGGGAAGCACUUCAUGAACUGUUGUGUUGCACCAAUGUUUCAACUAAAGAAGGCAUCCAUCUUGCACUGGUAGAGCUGCUGAAAAACCUGACCAAGUAUCCCACAGACAGAGAAUCCAUAUGGAAAUGCUUGAAGUUCCUGGGAAGCAGGCAUCCCACAUUGGUGCUUCCAUUAGUCCCAGAGCUGCUGAGCACACAUCCGUUCUUCGACACUCCAGAACCAGACAUGGAUGACCCAGCCUACAUUGCCGUUCUGGUUCUGAUUUUUAAUGCUGCUAAAAGCUGCCCAACAAUGCCUGCCCUGUUCUCUGACCAUACGUUCAGACAUUACGCGUAUCUUCGGGACAGCCUCUCUCACCUGGUCCCUCCGUUAAGAUUGCCAGGUAGAAAGCUGGUGUCCUCGGCUGUCUCUCCCAGUAUUACCCCACAUGAAGAUCCUUCCCAGCAGUUCCUGCAUCAGAGCCUGGAGAGGGUUUACAACUUUCAGCACCUUGACCCACGGGGCAUACAGGAGCUGCUGGAAUUUACCAUCCGUGAUCUUCAGAGGCUUGGAGAGCUGCAGUCAGAACUGGCAGGGAUGGCAGAUUUCACUGCAACUUACCUUCAGUGUCAGCUACUCCUCAUCAAGGCCUUGCAAGAGAAGUUGUGGAAUGUGGCAGCUCCCCUGUACCUGAAACAGAAUGCAUUGGCAUCUGCUGCAGCAAAACAGAUCCUGGAAGAAACUUACAAAAUGGAGUUCAUGUACAGCGGAGUGGAAAGUAGACAAGUAGUCAUUAUUCACCACAUGAGACUGCAAGCAAAGGCCUUGCAGCUGAUAGUGACUGCCCGCACUACCAGAGGAGUGGAACCUCUUUUUGGGAUGUGUGAAAAAUUCCUCCAAGAAGUGGAUUCCUUUCAAAGAUGUUUCAUCUCUGAGCUCCCACAUAUGCAAGGCAGUUUUGUAGAUAAAUUGCUGGACUUAAUGCCCAGACUUGUGACAUCCAAGCCUUCAGAAGUGGUCAAGAUUCUUCAGACAACACUGAGGCAAAGUACCUUCCUCCACCUUCCUCUUCCGGAGCAGCUUCAUAGAGCCACUGCAAAUAUCAUUGAGCCUACUGGUGAAUCUGAUAAUCCCCUGAGGUUUACAUCAGGAUUGGUUGUGGCGCUGGAUGUUGAUGCAACUCUGGAACACGUGCAGGAUCCCCAAGGAACUGUUAAAGUUCAGGUGUUGUAUCCAGAUGGACAAGCACAGCUAAUCCAUCCUAAACCAGCUGACUUCCGAAAUCCCGGCCCUGGGAGGCACAGGCUGAUAACUCAGGUUUACCUCUCUCACACAGCCUGGACAGAGCCAUGUCAGAUUGAAGUGCGAUUGCUGCUGGCUUACAACUCCAACAGGAGCAAAGCAUCUACCAGAAUUCCUAAAUCUACCUGGAGUGAGAGCUUGGAGUCUCUCCCACCCUCUGAAAAUGGCAUAGAGGGGACCAUCCCCUUCAGCAAACCUGUCAAGGUGUAUAUAAUGCCCAAGCCUGCCAGGCGGUGAAGGCUGAUGCUGAAAAACCUAUUUAUGGGGUUUGUUGUGUCCAAGACAGCAAGCCGAGCCAAAGCAGCCUUUACAUGCAUAAAGGGAGUCAAAAUAAAGCUGCUGAAGAAGAGUUGGUCUCUUAAGCAGCAGGCAAAUACAGGAGUUACUCAGCUAGUUAGGAGUGGUUUCAAGAAAAUGCAGGUUUUUCUAUAUUGACUCAUCAGAAACAGGACAGUUCAUGAUCAGCAUUCCAGUAGUAAUUUCACUGGGCUAUACCUUCAGGUUUUACUAAUCAAAAGUCUUUCUCCAAGGCCUCUAGGUUUUCUGCUAUGUAUUUACUAUGUAAAUGCUUGGGCACAUAAAUCAAUGUUAUUUUUACAGUACUCUGAAGUAAAGCUGAGGAGUUCAGCAUUUUGUGUGGGAUUGUUGGUUUGUUUCUAGGGUUUUGUGGGGUUUGGUUGUUUUGGUGUUUUGGGUUUGUUUUUGGUGGUUUUUUAAUGUCUAAAACUUGCAUUUGUGCACUGGUACCUAAUUUCUUAACAGAAAAAAUAAUAUUCUAAAAAGUACUGUUGUUCUUGUGUGGGAACAGCACCUAGGAAGGAAACUGCCAAUUGCUGUUCUAUAUCCUCUACAGCUGUAUUGCAGCUGGUCCAGCUCUGGGGAGAGCACAGGUUGUUCAUGGUGCUGGGGCAGGAGGAACCUCUUUGUGCAGGUGGCAGAACUUCAGUCAGCAGGACGUGGAGUUUAACUGAGCUGCAGCAACAAAGCAGUUUGUCUCCUGUUGCACCUCUGUACAGCUUGAGGAGCAAUGUGAUUAAGUACCAGUUGGAAAAUUCCUUACCACAACCCACUAAGUUUUACAGAAUCUGUUUCCGUGUGAUGAUCCUGGCCUGAACCAGUCUUAGUGGGAUGUGAAAAUCUAUGAUUUUCAAUUUAGCAGCACUUUUGGCACUAAAAAGUCUUUCUUGUCAGUUGAAGUAGCCAAACACCCUCUGUUCAGCAGCAUUUGGGCAGCUUGUCAGUGUUCCCCUCUGGAGAUGAGCUAGGAGUACAGAGGGACAAGAAUUUAGCUAAAACAUGAUCCAUCUGGCAUUUCUCUCAGGAAGUGUCUGUGCAUUGCUUCGGUGUGCCAGGCUUAGUGGACUGAGUAACCUCCUGUGAUUUGUAGCGAUCCUUUGGUAGGAUUUUUUAGGAGGACCUAAUGUGUGAAACAUUGUAGUGCUGCAGCCAAAUGUUGCCUGUGUUCAUGAAUCAGUUGGGGUUUUUUUCUUUUUAAAAAGAGGUGUAUUUUUAGCAAGUAAACAAAACAGUGAAGAAAUACUUUACAGUUGUAUUUAGUGUAAAUAACCCCUUACCUGCUUUCCUACAAUAAAAUUGGAAAACUCGUGCUAUUCUGUUUCUUUUCUUAUAAUAUGAGUGAACGUGGAUGCCUGCAUGUUCUUGGCUAGUAAGACCACUGCAUGUUUUUUGUGAUUUAAAUUUUUUAGCACUGGUGAGUUGUAGCCCAAAGGCUCAUAAACAUAAAACUUUGCUGCUGCUUUAGGUAUCCUUGAAUUAAAUUUACUUUCUUAGUGCUUCAAAAAACAGUCUUACAAACUGUUUUUUGGUGUUUCACCUUUAGGGCAUGGCUUUGAAAAUUGCCUGCCCAUCUGACAGCUGAGUUGUUAUUGUCUGACUUGUCUUUGGCAUCCUCAGUUCAGUUCCCAGCAGACAGGGUUGAUGUAUCUCUCAUUAGGAGGCUGUGUCUGGGCAGAUAUUUGACAAGUUGGGUGAGCUCAUUACAGACUUUUUCCUUUUUCUUCUCCUCAUUUUUGCACUUCACCAGUAUUUUGUGCAGUUUGUCGUCUCAGUAGUGUUUCUAAUUUAGAUGCUGUCCAUAGGCUCCAGACCACAAUGGAUGCUGUGGUAGGCACAGCAGAUAUUUUCAAUAUCAAAAUUUAGGCAUCUUUCUCUCUUCUGCUAAGUACUGGAUCAAAUUUCUGCUAUUUUGUUGCCCUCAUGCUGUCCUUGAUCCCCUUCCAUAUAACAUACCAGGCAAAGAGUGAGUGCCUUCUGUAUUGCUGCCGAGAAUCAGAUACUGCAGGGCUGUGGAAAAGUUCUUCCAUCUGUAAUUUCAAGAUGCCUAAAACAAGCUGAAAACGUAAGGCUGCCAUGAACAUUUUCAGUCUGCUAAUGAGAGCAUUCUGCAGUUGGCUUCUCUUCUGUAGAUUUUUCUAUGAUUCCUGGUUUGGAUCAUGUAAGAAACCACAGCUUUUCCUUUCCUCCUUCAGUUUCACCUGUGCAAGCAGAUGACUUAUUCAUCAUCCAGUCUAAAUCUUCCCUCUUUCAGGUUAAAGCCCCCCCACCUUGUCCUAUCACUUCAUGCUCUUGUCAAAGUCACCCUCCAGCUCUCUUGUAGCCCCUCCAGGUACUGGAAGGCACUCUCAGGUUUCCCCAGAGCUGUCUCUUCUCCAGGCUGAACAACCCCAACUCUCUCAGCCUGUUUCCACAGCAGAGGUGCUCCAGCCCUUUCAGCAUUUUCAUGGUCUCCUCUGGACCUACUCCAUGUGUCGACAUCCUUAUGUUGAGGGCCCCAGAGCUGGAUGUAGCACUGCAGGUGCGGUCUCACCAGGGUGGAGCAGAGGGGGAGAAUCCCAUCUCUUGGCCUGCUGCCCACAUGCAGCCCAGAAAGGCAGAUGAGUCCUUUGAGCUGCCAGGGCUCGUUGUUGAGUCAUGCUGAGCUGGUCACCCACCAACACCCCCAAGGUGUUGCCCUUCAUAGCUGCUCUCAAUCCAUUCUCCACCCAGCCUGGGUAUGUGUAUGGGACUGCCCAUUUCACACCAUGAUCCAACAUACGGGGAACUGGAAAAGAAAUCUGAAUAAAAAGCGAGGAUUAUUGUAGUUGUUGAAAUCCAGAUGUUGACUUUUUGUUCCCAUCCCCAGGUUUGAGAGAUUAAGGUUUUUCUGCUCUCAAAAAUACCAGAGUUCAUGCUCUUUGUGUUGUCUCAGAGGCAAUCAUGCCAUUCACCCGUUGUCCUUUAAUUCUGCAUAAUUGUUGGGCUUCAGCACUGCAAUAGCCUAUAAGAUGAUUGAUCUCAGAAUGAAAAGAAAAACAAAGAGCUCUAGUCACGCACAAAGAUAAUUUGCAUCUUUCAUCUCUGUUGAAGGGGGAACAGAGUACUUCAGAUGACAGUCACCUAUGUAUGGGGAGUUUCUGUUCUCUCAGAUGGUUCCAAGUGUAGGAAUAAGGUGCCAGUACAGCUGCAGCCACAGGGAGAUUAAGCAAUCUACAAAGGAAGGGCAGAUGAUUUGCUAAGAACCAACGAUGUUCAAACACCCCUCACCUCUGCAUUGUACCUGCUAGUUAAAUGGAAGCAAAAGGGAAAAGAAUCUGCUAGAGCAAGGAGAAUGCUGACCUCACGUGAAAGAGAGGUAGCUUAGUGGUUUGAAAACAUGUUGUCCUAUUUACCAUUAACUUUCUGUAUUUAAUUUAAAUAAGGCAUCUGUGUAUGUGGGAAACCCAGCUUUGAAUGCUUUCACUGGGAAAUUCAUAUCCAGAUCGCUGAAGUCCAGUGAAAUUCAUUACGCAAAUUUGGAAGUAAAUAAUUCAGUUACUGAGUCAAGAGCUCAAAAAACAAUGCAUAAGUGUAGCUUAUGAGACUAAUUCAGACCUGGUGUGGCUUUCACCUAUCUUAUUUUAAAAAGGACAAAAAAAAGUAAACGGGCAGGGACACUCACUGCAAAAAGUGCAAAGUAAGUUCCUGGGAAGAUGGAUGAAUAGGAUAUGCAUUUAAAUCAGGACUGCUUGACAUCACUGAAUCAUUUAGGUUGGAAAAAACCUCUAAGACCAUGGAGUCCAACCAUAAACCCAGCACUACCACACCCACACUAAGCCAUGGCCCCAGGUGCCACAUCCACACAUCUUUUGAACACUGGCAGGGAUGAUGACUCCACUACUUCCCUGGGUAGCCUGUUCCAAAGCCUGCCAACACUUUUGGGAAAGAUAUUUUUUCCUAAUAUCCAAUUUAAACCUCCUCUGGUGCAACUUAAGGCUGUUUCUUCUUGUCCUGUCACUUAUUACUGACAGCCCACUGGCAACAAUCUCCUCUCAGGCAGUUGUACAGAGCAAUAAGGUCCCUCAUGAGCCUCCUUUUCUUCAGGCUAAACACCCCCAGCUCCCUCAGGCUGCUCCUCAUCAGAGUUGCACUUUUCACCAUGCUGUACUGGUCAUCACCUUGGGUUCAAGUUCACAGAGAUGAUUUCCUCUGGAAUCCUGUCUAAGUUAUAAUCACUUUUUUAAUCUUAUUUCACUGGAAUCUUCCAUUUUAUUCUUAGUAACAGGCACUGGGAAUGCAGAAAAGACUGUCUUUUUGCUUUACAGUUUGCUAAUGCAGUAUCAGUGAGACUUC